CUUUGAGCUCCUGCCGAUCGUCCCUCCCCCCCUUGGCCGCCACGUCCCCCGGAGCCGUCAGGAUGGUCGCGCGAGUGGUGCUGCACCUGAUCUGCAUCGAGAUCUGCAUCAUUGCCGUCGCGCCCCGGUGCCUGGCACAGGUGGCCGCGCCCAACGCCGUCGAGGGCUUCACCCGUGUGGGCUCCGGCGUGUGUGCGUCUGGCGGCAAGCCACUCGACUUCUACAGCCCCCCUGUGCAGGACGGGGUGGGCACGUCACUCGGAUCUGUACGCGAACAUUGUCAACAGUGACUCACUGUCGCAUUGCUUGUGAUGCAGAUGCCAUCUGGAUGUGUCCACGGAUGUGCAGUCGCCGUGGCUGGCGUCCCUGUGGCUGAAUGCGUAAGCCAGGUCACUCACUGUAUGCACAAGUGCGCCCGCAUCUGGCAUGUCUCUCCCUCUGUCGCCUUCACUCGUUCAUUCGUUCAUUCGUGCGUGUGUCUCUGUGUGUGUGUGAUGCUCGAUGCAGGCCCGUAUGUGCAGCAACCUUACUACUGACCUGGGCGUGUGCGAGGGCAUCCAGCACGACACCACCACCGACUCGUGCCUCGUCAUCCUCAACGAGAAACCCGACGGCACAAUGGGCGGAGAGGCCAACGAGUGCUUCAGAUUCGUCGAUGGAUGUGAGCAGACGACACACACAGAGGCACCGAGACAGCUGAUACAGAGGUGAACGGUUUUCUGCGUGUCUGUGUCCGGUUGUCAGCGUUCGAGAGUGUUGGCACCGGUUCUUGCCGAAUCGAAAACGAGGAGGGCAUCAUGAUCAUCGGGCCCCACUACACCCUCCACGAGUCGCCGGGGACCAACAUCACGGCCGAAUACUGCUUCGAGUGAGCCAGCCCGUGACACACCCACAUUCACACAACUACCUCACCUCUCUGUGUGCGUGUGUGUGUGUGUAGGUAUUGUCUGCGGAUGAAUGAAGAGGAGGGCGCCAUCAGCACGCAGACGAACCAGCCCUUCUGCACGGGCGUAGAGGUCCGCGACCUGUGCGAGCUGCAGGUGGUCAUGGCGCCAACCACCGCCUCGCUCUCCGUCUGCUAUGCCAAAAACUGACUUGACAGAGCCACAUUUCAGUCAGGUCGGUGGGGCAGUGAGCGGCGUUUUAUGUGGCUAAUUAAGACAGUUCCAGUUUUGUGGGUGCGCGUGUGUCUGUAUGUGCCUGUAUGUGUCUGUCUUUAUGUGUCUGUCUGUAUGUGUGUCUGUAUGUGUGUGUCUGUAUGUGUGUGAGGAGGAGGAGGUGUGCGUGUGUGCGCGUGUGUCUGUAUGUGUCUGUAUGUAUGCGUCUGUAUGUGUCUAUAUGUGCGCACGUGCGUGUGUGAGUGUUUGUGUGUGUCUGUCUGUGAGGAGUGGCGGAGUGGCGGCGUAUCUGAAAGUGUCGUGGGUUGGUGUCGUGCCUUUUGUUGUGUGCGAUGGUGCGCUGUGAGGGCAUGGUAGUGCCGCGUGAUGUGAUUUAUGUGGUGUCGCGAAGUCGGUGUGUUGGGCUGGCAAAGGAGUGUAUCUUCUCCCUGGCUCUGCUGCGCGCAUCGGGCAGCCCUUGUCUAACAAGCGAGAAAUGACACGGUCGGUGCAGCGAGAAAUGACACAGAGGGAGAGAAAGGGAGAGUGAGCGGCUGAAUGGCUGUUGGCGUAGUGUGCUGCGGUGUACGUAUUGUGCGUGGGG